CGCCCAUCUCUGAAACAUAAAUACCGCAAACAUGGCUUCGUCAAAUGUUGGCACCAGAGAAAAAUUGCUUUCUUUGAUUGACGAUGUUGAGCUGAUAUCUAAAGAGAUGCUGGAAAAUGUUUUGGUUGCAAAGCCUCAGAAGAUGUCUUCCUCGGAUUAUGAUGUCUUAACAGAUUUGCUGGUUUCGAAAGACAAAGAAAUAAAAGAGACCCUCAAGGUCGCAGCAACACAGGCAGAGGUUGAAUCGAAAAUCGCUGCUCUGAGGGUGCAGGUCGAAAAGCAGGAUCAGGACAUUCAAACUCUGCAGAAACAGCUAAAAGAAGCCGAGCACAUACUGGCCACAGCCAUAUUCCAAGCCAAGCAGAAGUUGCAAUCAAUAGGGAAAGCCAACAAGAAACCAGUGCAGUCUGAGGAACUUAUAAAGUUUGCACACAGAAUCAGCUCUACAAAUGCAAUAUCAGCACCAAGUACUUGGCAACCGGGCGAUCCUAGAAGACCAUAUCCUACUGACAUAGAAAUGCGAAUGGGAUUCUUGGGCCGAUUGGGAGAUGUUCCUGUCGGAGCAAGCCAUAUCAUUAUGGGCAGCCCUGCGCACAUGGGUGCAGGUUUACCUGACGGUUCAGCCUUCAGACCAGGUCAGCCUGAACCCAUCAUGGCUUCUCAUCCGCACCAAUUUUCCUGGCAAUCGGGCGAGCUCCACAUGCUUCUUGGAGGGCCAGGUGGAGGUGGGGCCACUGUACCAAUGGACACUGGUGGAAGAGGCAACUUCCAGGGAAAAGACACAAGCCAAGACACUGUGGAGGUCAUGAGUACCGACAGCUCGUCAUCUUCGUCUAGUGACUCGCAGUGAACUUUUCCUCUCAAUUUUAUUAAGUGUACAAGACAUAGUAUGCAUUUCUGAAAACUGUAAUCAAUAUUUUAAUAUAGGAAUGUCACAUGUAAUUAAAAGCCUUUUUGAAGUUAU